AACUCUGCGACGAACUGCGUCGGAUUGCCCUUCUCAGACUUUUCAGGACGCUGCAACAUCAGGUCGUUGGAGGCUGGGUCCAUCAUGCUCUACUUCCAGGUGGUGAUUUUGGCUGCGACAGUGAUGCUGGUUUACUACUUUGAGUUCACCGACACUUUCAAUCCAGCAGAGCAGGGCUUCACUUGCAGAGAUCCGGCUUUGACUAAACCAGAUCCUGGACCUGAACAGGACAGUCGAAUACAGCCUGUGAUCCUGUACUCUGUGGUGGGUGGACUGCCUGUCGUACUGAUCUCAGGAGUCGAGCUUGUCAUCUUCCUCCUUCACUGCAACUCAAACAACCUCUAUGACCAAGAGAAGGUCGUUAUCAUGGGGGACUGUUGCUAUGUGAACCCCAUGGUGCGCAGGACUUUCCGUUUCCUUGGUGUGUAUGUAUUCGGUCUGUUUAUGACGGACAUCUUUAUCAACGCUGGUCAGCUUAUCACAGGAGGUCUGGCUCCUCACUUCCUGUCUGUGUGCCAGCCCAAUUACACCGCCCUUGGUUGCCACGACACAGGCAAUUUUGUCAGCCAAUCAGAUGCUUGUACUGGGGACCCUGAUGACAUCCUGAGAGCCAGGAAGACUUUCCCCUCCAAAGAGGCAGCACUGAGUCUGUACACAGCUGUUUACCUGGCAAUGUACGUCUUGUGCUGUGUCGGUUCAGCUGGAGGUCAUCUGACUGGCCCCGUCCUCAGUCUCACAUUGGUCAGUCUGGCUGUGCUAACAGGCAUCAACAGAGUGGUCGAGUACAGAAACCACUGGAGUGAUGUCAUUGCAGGACAAGCCGUUGGGGGAGCUAUUGCUGUCUUUCUGGUGGUGUUUGUGGUUCAGUAUUUUAAAAAGCGACCCAUGAUUCCUCAUAGUCCCUCCGAUGCAGGCACUGCUAACACUGAUGAGGCAUCACCACAAACUAAUCACACCAUGAACAUCAGUGACAAAUACACUGUUGCACAGAUCCCAGGAUCCUGCACAGAGGUCACAUGACUAUGACCCCCUCCCCACAUAACGGAGGGGAGAUGGAAGUCAUCCAUUCUAGAUUAUGCUAUGUGUCUACAGAGCCCUCAUAGUUUAGGAUUUAAAGCUCUUUUGUUCAGUAUUUGAUUAUCAUAAUGACUCUGUCGACUCUUAGCAUCUUUACAGUAUCCAGAGGAAAGAAAUGGCAGACAUUACUACAAACAUAUUAAAAAUGUUCAUGUCUAAUAUGUUAUUUAGUAAAAUGGUACACUCAUACUAUUCAUUAUAAUCCAUAGGUUAUAGGGGUCAUAUUUUCUCUCCUGCUGUCCAUGACACCAGGCAACAGCAAAGUUCAACAAGGCAUCUUCUCAAGCAAGACAGUUCCAAAGCUGAAGCUGAAUACAGGAUGUUGUUGCAUGUCAUCUCUACAUGGUAGUUUGGUUGUUUUGGUUUCAUCGAGCUCCAUAUUGUAAUGUAUUUGCAUGUCAUGUCAUGUCAUUGUCCGUAACCGCUUAUCCCUUUCCAUGGGGUCACGGGGUGUUGCUGCUGGAGCCAAUCCCAGCUUUGUCUCAGGGCGAGGGCAGGGCACUACCUGGACAA